GUGGUCGCCCCGCCCACCGGCCUCUACAUCACCACCCCUCUCGCCGCUUUCAAGCGCGGAGAUUGGCUGUAAGCAAGAAAGAGCCACGCCCCUAGUCUUAUGACUCGCACUGAAGCGCCGAUUCCUGGCUUUUGCAAGGCUGUGGUCGGUGGUCACCCGUGCUCUUGACCCAGGUCCAGCGAGCCUUUUCCCUGGUGUUGCAGCUGUUGUUGUACCGCCGCCGUCGCCGCCGCCGUCGCCUGCUCUGCGGGGUCAUGGUGUGCUUCCGCCUCUUCCCGGUUCCGGGCUCAGGGCUAGUUCUGGUCUGCCUCGUCCUGGGAGCUGUGCGGUCUUAUGCAUUGGAACUUAAUUUGACAGAUUCAGGAAAAGCCACUUGCCUUUAUGCAAAAUGGCAGAUGAAUUUCACAGUACGCUAUGAAACUACAAAUAAAACUUAUAACACUGUAACCAUUUCAGACCGUGGCACUGUGACAUAUAAUGGAAGCAUUUGUGGGGAUGAUCAGAAUGGUCCCAAAAUAGCAGUGCAGUUUGGACCUGGCUUUUCCUGGAUUGCGAAUUUUAGCAAGGCGGCAUCUACUUAUUCAAUUGACAGCAUCUCAUUUUCCUACAACACUGGUGAUAACACAACAUUUCCUGAUGCUGAAGAUAAAGGAAUUCUUACUGUUGAUGAACUUUUGGCCAUCAAAAUUCCAUUGAAUGACCUUUUUAGAUGCAAUAGUUUAUCAACUUUGGAAAAGAAUGAUGUUGUCCAGCACUAUUGGGAUGUUCUUGUACAAGCUUUUGUCCAAAAUGGCACAGUGAGCACAAAUGAGUUCCUGUGUGAUGAAGACAAAACUUCAACAGUGGCACCCACCAUACACACCACUGUGCCAUCUCCUACUACAACACCUACUCCAAAGGAAAAACCAGAAGCUGGAACCUAUUCAGUUAAUAAUGGCAAUGAUACUUGUCUGCUGGCUACCAUGGGGCUGCAGCUGAACAUCACUCAGGAUAAGGUUGCUUCAGUUAUUAACAUCAACCCCAAUACAACUCACUCCACAGGCAGCUGCCGUUCUCACACUGCUCUACUUAGACUGAAUAGCAGCACCAUUAAGUAUCUUGACUUUGUCUUUGCUGUGAAAAAUGAAAACCGAUUUUAUCUGAAGGAAGUGAACGUCAGCAUGUAUUUGGUUAAUGGCUCCGUUUUCAGCAUUGCAAAUAACAAUCUCAGCUACUGGGAUGCCCCCCUGGGAAGUUCUUAUAUGUGCAACAAAGAGCAGACUGUUUCAGUGUCUAGAGCAUUUCAGAUAAAUACCUUUGAUCUAAGGGUUCAGCCUUUCAAUGUGACACAAGGAAAGUAUUCUACAGCCCAAGAGUGUUCGCUGGAUGAUGACACCAUUCUAAUCCCAAUUAUAGUUGGUGCUGGUCUUUCAGGCUUGAUUAUCGUUAUAGUGAUUGCUUACGUAAUUGGCAGAAGAAAAAGUUAUGCUGGAUAUCAGACUCUGUAACACUAAUCAAUACGUGAUCUCUGUUACAAAAGAAAAAAGCAAGUACAAGUUCCAACAUGCAAUACUGGUCAAUUUAAGGUAUAUUUAGUUGCAGUCCGGCUCUUUAGAAUGGGUGGUGUGGGGGAUUUCAAACUUAAACAAAAAACUAUCAACUACAAAUUAGUUGCCUGACUUUGGUUUCUCCAACCAAGCAAUUUAAAACUUAUUUUUACAGCAAAAGAUGUGCAAAAUCACUGAAUUAUAGGUUCUGUUUUACUGUCUUGAAUUAGUAUUUCAGUGUUUUCAUUUUAGACAUUCAGACUAAAAAUACACAGUUUAGAAAAAACAA